AUGUCGUCAAGAGCACUGAGAAAGGCCCAGCGCGAACGCGAAGAGCAGGAGCAGUUGCGAAAGCUCCAGGAGGAGCAACAAGACCAAGAUGACGAGUCUGACGAGGAAGAAGCUCCUGCUGCUGCGCCCUCCAAGCAGAGUCUGUUUGCCAUGUUGAACCAGGACGAGGCUGAAGACGACGAUGAAGAUGACGAUAAGCAACCCGAAGAAGCAGAGUCAGAAGAUGAAGCCGAAAAGCCCACCCAGCCUACCCAGCCAGCACCGAAAUCUACCAAGUCCAAGAAGAAAAAGAAGAAGGCAAAGAAGGCCCAGUCCACCACUGCUACCUCAUCCAAGCAAGACGCAUCGCUCGACGACAUCGACCUCGCCCUGAAAUCGCUGAGCACAAAGGCAUCUGGUUCUGCCACUCCUACGAACACCGCCGAUCCUAGCACUACCGAAGUCUGCCGACUACUUUCUGUCGAUACAUCCUCGCUCCAUGCCGCCAACGAGAUGCGCAGAUUCUUUGGCCGUGCCGCACUCGAAGGCGACCAUGAUGACGACAAUGCUGGUGGACGUAGAAGAAACCGUGGAGGUGCCCAACAGGCUGGCUUAGCUGCUGCUCUGGGCAGAAGACCUGGUCAAGGUGGAAGGAGCGAUGGUCUCGCUGCUCUCAGUCGCCGUCGCAACAUCUUCAUUCAGGGAAAGGAAGAGUGGCCCGUCGCGACUAGCGGUGGUCUCGGCAUGGAAGUCAUUGAAAAGAGGUCAGACGGCACUGUCGAAUAUGCCUUUGUCCACAACCGCACAUACCAAGAUGUUCAGGGCCAAUUCGAGACUUGUGUGGCCUCGAUGGAUCCCCAGCGUAUGGUUCUCCUACUUCAACACAACCCCUAUCACAUCAGCACCUUGCUGCAGGUCUCAGAAAUCGCAAAGCAAGAGCGCGAUCACACCACUUCUGGCGAUCUACUAGAGCGUGCUCUCUUCUCCUUCGGCCGUGCUGUUCAUUCUACCUUCUCUACCAAUCUUCAGCAAGGCAAGGCCCGUCUCGAUUUCCGCCGUCCUGAGAACCGCGAAUUCUGGUUGGCCGCCUGUCGUUACAUUUCCAACCUGGGCAUGCGCUCGACCUGGCGAACCGUCUACGAGUGGUCCAAGCUAUUGCUCAGUCUAGACCCUGAAAGCGAUCCUUACUGCAUCAGUCUCGUUAUUGAUCAAUACGCUAUCCGUGGACGUCAACCUCAAAACUUCUUAGACCUUGUCAACAACCCCAUCUUCACAUCCAAGUGGAAACACUUGCCCAACGUCCAACUCAGUCGCGCUCUGGCUCUGAUCAAAGUAGGUGAUGCUGCUAAGGGCAAGCAAUCUCUCUAUACCGCAGUCAGUCGAUUCCCUUGGGUGGUUGCUCGCCUCUUCCAAGAGCUCAAUCUCGACCCUCCACCUAGCGUAUGGGGCAAAUCCCCACGCACCGACAGCGAAAAACUGCAUUCGGAGGUUUAUGCCACACGCGCAAAGGACCUGUGGAAUACCCCUGAGGCCAGCGAACUCCUUGUCGAAGUCAGCUCGGCAGUAAGCAGUGAGAUCCCCGAUCCGCCUGUGGUAGACAGAGAUAUCACUCUGAAUGAAGGCAGGCAUGUAUUGAUGAGCGACACACCCGCACUCAUUGCAUUGCUACCUCGCUCCAUCACCGCCAAAGUGACCUCGGCCUCUGACCCCUUACCGCCUCCUGACAACAUCUCCACC